UAGCAUAAGACAAGAAGUAGUUUACGGAGAGCAGCAGCUGGGCUCUUUCAGCUUCAUACAACCUGUUUAGCUGAACAUGGGCAGACAGAACUUGUGUGUUGCCGUACUUGUUGUUAGCUGUGCUGGCUUUAUCUGUGAAAGAAUCACCAACAUUACAGAGUGCGGACUUACAUGUUCUCAGGGGAUCCACUGUAAAAGAAAACCAUCAUAUUUCUUCCAUAACAACAUGUGCCAGAAUCAUUCUUUAGGAUUGUCACCUUCUGUGCUCCAAAGCAUGCAUGUAUCGACAGUGAUAAAAUGUACAAGGGACACAGAAUGUUCUGUUCACUUAGAUGUUAAAACGGCUUUAAUACUGAAAGAAAGCAUCCGGGGUAUUGAAAUUUGUUCUUAUUCACUUGAUACCUUACAUAAACACUGCACUACUGUGACAUUUCCCAAAACUGCAAGAAAAAAGUUUGAUGGAAAUAAGGUACGUGUGCAGUAUAACUGUUUUGAAGUCAACAUUGCCCAACAAAUCCAUGUAGUAAUAAAAACAAUCCCCUAUUACUGUGGAGUUAUCCAGGAGCAAGAUUUCCAUGUGGAAGAUUGUAGUAAUGAAGAUUUUGGAAAACACAUACCGUUAUGCAUAGCUGGGAAACUGACAUAUAAGGUACAGCCUGAACAAAAGGUAGUAGCAGUACAGGUGUCCGAGUUUCUGGAAAACCAUGACUAUCAUGUCCGUUUGUGCCAUAAGUGGUUCACUUGUGAAAAUUCUGGAACUAUUGCAUUGAUUAAAAAAGAAGAUAAAGUGAAAAAAGUCACUUUGCCAUAUUCUGAACUCCUGCCUUGCCUGUGUAUAGAGGGCUGGUCGGCAAUUGAAGAUGCAAGGAGAAUACAUGUCUGCCCAUUUACAAACUAUACUGAAGAACUCUGGAAAGGCAUUACUUAUAAUCCAGUCUCACAAGAACUACACUGGAAGUCACUUUGCCCAGUCCAAGUAAAUACUAGCCUUUGUUGGUUAGCAGAAACUAAAGGCAUAUGCAUCGAUUUGCCACAUACGUCACAUAAAGUACAAGGAAAGGUAAUAUACAAGAGAACAGACACACAUCCUAGACUAUGUAUGAAGUUCACCACUGACCAAGGCACUUGGGUCAAAUGUCCUUUUAUGCAUGGACUGUUUCAAGCUUGGAGUAUGAACAUUGGGAUUAUGCCAAAUGAUCUUUCAGUGACAUUUACAUCACAAGUGAAAGCAACAUUUUCAGUUUUCCUCUGCAACGAAUCAGCUCUGUCUGUCUGUCAUUUAGUAGGUGAAGAGAUGGCCAUACCUGACAAGUCCUUUUCAGGCAACAAAAGCAUAAGAAUAUCAAAAGAAAUGUGUGGAUCACAUGCUUGUAUUAAGGGCUAUAGGACAGAUGUUGAUUAUUCUAUUCCAGAUGUGCAGUGUAACAUUCCUUGCAGCAUAACAGCUUCUAACGACAUGGUUGAUAAGUAUGUGUACAUGGUAACUAUAGUAACCUUACUGGUGGUAGCAAUGACACUCACAACACUCAUUGGGUAUAAAACUUUAAAAGUGCUUCAGAGAAGAAAGUAUAAGUUCAAGAGAAUUUUAAAAAGUCAGGUUCAUCAUAUAUCUCUCAACCCAGAAGACAAACAUCAGCACGUGCCUCUUCAGUGUUUAAUCACCCAAAAGGAGUAAACUGAAAAAGGACUUAUCAGCCAAGGUUUACAACACCACCUGGAAUGUUUUAUUUACCAGUGAAUGGAUGGUCCAUUUGUGAUGACACUGCACCAUUUAUUCAGUCGAAUAGGAGUAUAUGAGAGGCAUUAGCAGUGAAAGAAAGAAAGGAAGGACUGACAGAAAUACUGCUAAUCUGAAUAUAAGCAACUGCAACACUGUUGGGCAUCUUGUGACUCCAGUCCAUGCUGUAUGUGUUUACCUGAAUACUCAUUAUCAUAGCUGUAGAAACUGGUGGCCUUUUUCUUUCAAAAUGUUGAAGCUGGACACAGGGGUGUAUGCACUGUCUUAUUUUGCUAUAUUACUAAAGAAUGCUACAUUCAUGCAUUCUACUUUGCUUUGGAAAUUUGAAAAUAAUAAAGCUGGUCCUAUCUCUAUGGGUGAAGAUUCAGCAUUUUAAGGAUGUCAGACAAAACAGAUAAGCCUGUAGCAACAUAAGGGAUUGUUUUAAAAGAUCACUUGAAAGCAUUAUUUAAAAAAAAAGAUU